UACCUAGGCCCCUGUGUAUUCAAGCUUAGGUAGCUACUAAAGCCUACUGGAGCCGCAGCAUCAUGGCCACCGAUCGGAGCUGCAGGCUUUCUGUGCUCCGCACUGAGCGAGGUGUCCUCAGCAACGCAACGGGUCCCCAACGUCGUUGUCGAUGCUAAUAGACCCAUCCAAGCACAUGCUGUUCGGUUCGCUCACGAAUCACCCCUACACCAUUCACGUCACCGAGGAGCCCACUUCCAUCGACAGUAGUAUUGCGGCUGCAGUCUUUUCAUCGCAAACCAUCACUCAAGUUUCCAUAUCGACCGGAAACCUGUUGCCGAGACCCUCGUCGAGCUGCACCUGACAUUAGCAAGAUGCGUCAGCGAAUCACCUUCAUCCACAAGCCAGGUGACGGCGUUCCACCCGAGUCUCUCGAGAUCAGCGAUGCCGGUGUCAAGGGCCCUGACAUCUUGUCCGUCCGUGAAGAGAGAGUCACACUGGCUCUGGAGGAGCUCCCAUCUGAGCUCUCCCAGCUUCUCAGUGAGAGUCACGAGCUGCACAUCAGAUGGGCUAGUCCUUGGGCCUAUGACACUUUUGGACCCUUGGCUUCGAGGGUAUCGCCGGGCCUUCACCUCUUUUAUACCCCGAAGAGGGAUGGGGAAUGGGACGGAACGAAACUAUGCCAAGAACUGAAGAACGCCUUUGGUGGCAGCGGCUGCUCAUCGUCCGAGUCCUUCACAAGUCUUCCCCGUGACCGGUUCUCUCACUCGGCUGCUCUUCAAUACUACCAACCGCUAGAGGACCUCGCCGCAUUCACACAGUACACGGCCGAACAGCUCUGCUCGGCAUCGGAUACCGCCUGCAAAUCCCGCGCCGAGGAGCUUAAGACAGCAGCCUCUCUCGAUAUAUCCUACGACACAAUCUCGCACGCUCUCAAACUCACGGCCCAGUGGCCUCACGGCAAGCAUCGCGUCUCCGUCUCCUCGACGCCCAAUCACCGAACCGAAGUCGGUAUCCUCACCACCGACGCCACCCCAAACCCUGAGCCCCAUGAGAUCGGUAUGAGCGGCGGCCUCACCGUCCUCGGUGAGCACAAGAAGCCGUCGUCCGUCCUCUUCAACGUGCCCGCCCGCCACCGCCUGCACGCGGACGCCUCGUCUCGCCCAAGCUCCUUCUACGCAAAGUUCCUCGAGCCGGCGGGCCUACACCCGACGCUGCAGCUCACGCUCACUUCUGCCAAGCCGCCAAUCGAGGACGCAUACUGCGCCGUCCAUGCGCACCUGACGCUCCCAAAGACCGUCUUCGCCGACCGCUACCAGCUCGCCGAUGACCUCUUCCUGCAAUCCAAGAACCUCACAGCGCUGCGCUACUCCACCUCGCCCGUCGACCUCGAGGCGCCUGCCUACGCCACGAAGCCGUGGGGUUCCGGCGUCCUCCUUGAGCUCAGGCCGCCGGCGACAGAGAAGGACGAGGAGUGGACGGCCGAGGUGCCGCUGCACCUGCGCUACCUCGAGCCGGCCGCCGGCGGGUACACGGACGUCGAGGUGCCCUAUCCAGCCGUGUUCUGGGCGUGCUCCUCCGAGGAGGGCACCAAGUUCCCGAGCAGCCCCUUCGAGAGGGUGAACUUGGGCUACGACGCAUUGUUCGGGCCGCGGACGGUGUUUUGGCACGUCGAUCCGCGGCCUGCUGCGGGAUCGGUGGCCGAGGACGGCGGCCGGCUACUGAGCACCGUACGGGUGCCAGUCCUCGAGGCCGGGCAAGCCGAGUGGGUUCGGGUCGGGACGGCGGCCGCAGUGAUGAUGGGAUUUGCGUGGGUUCUGUGGAGACUCAUUGCGACUUAUUCGAAGUCGGGGUACCGCAAGGGUGGGGGGACAGUCGACGAGAAGAAGAAGCAGUAGCGUUGACACACUCUUGUGUGGUUGACACGGGUCAGUAACAAGCCAUUCUCGUUUCAUUUAGGUAAAAUGAGGAUCAUCUUGCCCUUUCCAAGUCUGCCAGUCCCACGCACAGUGUGCUGCGGCUUUGCACGGCGCGGAUGUGGCGGAGACACCUAUGUAACACCCACCAAUACGCUAGCGGGUAAAAUGUUUAAGUGAACGUCGUUUGAUUAUCCGUA